ACCAUGAAGGAGUUGUCUUCCGUGUGACCCACAUCGAGGAAAGUAGCUACUACCAGACGUUAGAGUGAACAGCCACCACCACCUCGGUAAUGGCGCAGUCUUUGUUUGAAGCACUCACAGCUGGGCCCAGUGCUACAGAGAAUCAAACAGCCCUGGCAGUCCAAUCUUUACUGGAAUCUCAGAAUGUCACAGAACAACCUCAAGCACAACAAGAAGAAGACGAUAUAUUUCAAUGUGGACGAUGCAAAAAACAGUUCACGUCUCUCACGGCAUUUGUCACUCACAAACAAGUACGAUGUGCCCUGCCUGUUGUGGCACAGAACCCCCUCCGAGCACCGAACACAAACGUCACUGGAACGGUUGUUUCUCAAGCUGCCCCACCCAACCAGAAUGUUUCUUACACAAACGCAAAUCAGCAAAUUCAACGGCAGCAACAGAAAACCUUUACUGGCCAACAAACUACAGAACCCCAAUAUGAAAUCCAACCUAUUCUUACAUACAGUGCAGUACCACAAUCUCCACUUAACCAACUGGCCCAGAACAUUCUCACAGAAGAACUCAUGUCCCUGAACAUGGACCAAAAUCUGCAACAUGUCCAAACAAUGCAAACAGCAGCAGUUCAACCUGGUUCUUUCCUCUCCCCGGUGAUGUCGUCAGUUCCGAAUGCUGUGGCUCGAAACUCCGCAACACCAAACAUUACCACCAUAUUCAGCAACGUCACCCCCUCCGCCGCCAUCACCAACAACAACAACGGCAACAACAACAAUGCCACCGUCUACACCAGCGACCCUGUUGUCAGCCAGCAGUUGCAGGCCAUAACGCAACAAGUGCAACCAAUACAACAACAACAACAACAACAGCAGCAACAACAACAGCAACUGUCACAACAACAGCAACAACAAAGCAUGAACACUACUACCUUGACCACUCAAACCACUGAUAAAAUAUUCUACCAACAAGCCCAGCUGCAGCAACAACAGCAACAACAACAACAACAACAACAGCAGCAGCAGCAACUGCAGCAAGUGCAACAACACCAGAAUGGCAAUGCAGUGACUAUUACAGCAACUAGUAUUGGUGUUCUUAACAAAGCUCAGGUCCAUCGGUCAGGUCGGAAGGUAUUACAGUCAAACAACAUCAUCACCAUCUUGCCAUCGGUUCAACAAGAUGUGGACCUUCAGCAGCCACUGAAACUCCGCAGUGUGAAGGAGACAAUCAUGUCUGCUGCGGAGAGCAGUGAUAAUCGUGCGGGAAACUGGAACAAGAAGAAACUUCAGUGUGAGCUCUGUAAUAAGUAUUUUGCCAAGAACUUUGAUCUCCAGCAGCAUAUCCGUUCUCAUACGGGUGAGAAACCAUUCCAGUGUAUCGUCUGUGGUCGAGCGUUCGCCCAGAAGUCGAAUGUCAAGAAGCAUAUGUCUACUCAUAAGGUCUGGCCAAGUGGCAUGGGUUCCACGUUGCCUCAGCAACCGUCUCCACAGGCAUCAUCUGCUGAUGAGGCAGAACCAGAUAUCCCCGAACCACCUACUAUACCCAUGCCUCAACCUGAUCCAACUUGUGAGGAGAUGACAGAGGAAGAACAAAAACUAAACGUCGUUGUCGACAACUCCUACCUGUGCCAGUAUUGCCCUGAGAAGUUCAAGUCUUACUUCCAACUGAAAUCUCAUAUGGUCCAACACAAGAGUCAGCAGGUCUACAAGUGUGUUGUGAAGACGUGUGGACUAACAUUUAAAGAACUCGAACUCUUCCUUACUCACACGAAAAGUCACGAGGAAGACAUGAGUUACCGGUGUCAUAUCUGUUCAAAGCAUUUUGCUACUCUUUAUGAUCUUGGAGUGCAUCAAUUCUCCCACAGUGUUUGUGAGGAUACUAUUAAUCGAAAUGGUCCGAGGCAUUUCCAGUGUACCAAAUGUCUAAACAAGUAUUCCACACCAGAAGCUCUGGAACACCAUUUAACCACAUCAUCUCAUGAAUUUCCCUGUCCACAUUGUAAAAAAAUAUUCCCCUGUGAACGAUACCUUCGCCGUCACCUGCCAACACAUGGAAGUAUAGGUCAGUUUCCCUGUAACAUUUGUCAGAAAAGAUUCAAGACAGAACAUUAUCUGAAGAUGCAUGCCCUCAUUCACAGUGGGGAGAAGCCAUUCCAAUGCGAGUCUUGUGCAGCAGCCUUUAACAGGAAGGACAAACUGAAAAGACACAUGCUUAUUCAUGAAUCAGUCAAGAAACAUAAAUGCCCAUUCAAAAGUUUCACAGGUUGUACAAAAGAGUUUAACAGACCAGAUAAGCUGAAAGCCCACAUCAUUACUCAUAGUGGAGUGAAACCAUUUAAAUGUAAGGAAUGUGGCAAAGGGUUCAGUCGUCGUCCUCACUUGGUGGAACACGAAAGGGGACACAAAGCAGAUUACAGAUUCCAGUGCCAGAAAUGUGGUCGUGGGUUUUUCAGGCCCAAACUUUUCCACGACCACAAAUGCCAUCCGGUGAAGUUGGGAGCAGAUCCACAAAUAUUCCGGCCACGUAACCGACGGAAACUGGGUCGACCUCGCAAACGCAUGAUCACUGUGACCUCCGAGUCAUUGAACAAGGAAAACAGUGGGAAAGGAGUGGCUCCGAAGAGACGUGGACGCCCUCGAAGCAACGCAACAUCAGGGGUGACCACUCGGCCUACUGAAAACAGCAUAGUACAGCAGGUUGCAUUCAAUCACACUACCAACAACAAUAACAGCAACAACAACAACAACAACAACAACACACUGCCGAAUUCAGAACCCAUUGUAUUAGACACGUCGUCUGCCAUGAAUGGGAUUUCUGACAAGACCGGUGCACUGGACAUACAGACUAAUCCUACAACCGUUACGGCCACUGCUCUUUCUGGGGCUCAAGUCUUAGCUCAGGCAGCUACUGUUCACCAGCCAUCUUCUGACACCUCUCUCCAGCAGCUCAUUCCAACUGCUACCUCCAUAGACAGUUCAGGUAACAUAAAUGUCAAUGUAAAUGGUAACGAGCUGUCGGCCAAAGCUACAGAUGCAGUGAUUGACCAUUACGUUGUGCACUUCACAGAAUCUACAGACUCGCAUGGCACUACCAUCCAUGCCCAACUCAUCCCGGCGUACCCAUCCGCAGCUUCUGUGAUGCCGGCUAACACAUCGGCAUUGCAACCCAUCACCAUUAUUGAAGCACAGCCAGUAACUGUGGCAUUACCUGCAGUGGCCGACACUCCUGCCAUACAAGCUGCAACUCUGCCAACAGAUGCUCAACAAACGUUCACCCAUUCUGCUACCUUGGCAGAGUUUGGUACCGAAAGUCUGCUUAAAGACACAGAUGCUGUCAUGUGAUAAUUGGCAACCUAUUGGAAACCAAUGCCUCAGGAUUUUAUUUUCUGCUAUGUCCCUGUAUCUCUCUCUCUCUGUUUUGUUCUUGUUAUCUACUUGGAUCAAAAGAAAAACGUUUCAUAUCAUACUGCCAUGCUUUCUUAAUAACAAAUGGUUAAGAAACUUUCUACACCAUGUUAAUGUAUCUAUGCUUUUUUUAUGUGAAAUACAUUCAAAGUAGACUUGAUAUAUAUAUAUAUAUAUAUA